CGGACGCAGAGCGGAGCCGCGGGCGGGAGGCCUGACGGACCGACGGACGGACGGGAGGGACGGGAGGCGAGCAAGAUGGCGCAGACACAGGGCACUCGGAGGAAAGUCUGUUACUACUACGACGGGGAUGUUGGAAAUUACUAUUAUGGACAAGGCCACCCAAUGAAGCCUCACCGAAUCCGCAUGACUCACAACUUGCUACUUAACUAUGGUCUCUACCGAAAAAUGGAAAUCUAUCGCCCUCACAAAGCCAAUGCUGAAGAGAUGACCAAGUAUCACAGUGAUGACUACAUAAAAUUCUUGCGCUCCAUCCGCCCAGAUAACAUGUCUGAGUACAGCAAGCAGAUGCAGAGAUUCAACGUUGGUGAGGACUGUCCGGUAUUUGAUGGCCUGUUUGAGUUCUGUCAGUUAUCUACUGGUGGCUCUGUGGCAAGUGCUGUGAAACUUAAUAAGCAGCAGACGGACAUCGCUGUGAAUUGGGCUGGGGGCCUGCACCAUGCAAAGAAGUCCGAGGCAUCUGGCUUCUGUUACGUCAAUGAUAUCGUCUUGGCCAUCCUGGAACUGCUAAAGUAUCACCAGAGAGUGCUGUAUAUUGACAUUGAUAUUCACCAUGGCGAUGGCGUGGAAGAGGCCUUCUAUACCACAGACCGAGUCAUGACUGUGUCCUUUCAUAAAUAUGGAGAGUACUUCCCAGGAACUGGGGACCUACGGGAUAUAGGGGCUGGCAAAGGCAAGUAUUAUGCUGUUAACUACCCGCUUCGAGAUGGGAUUGAUGACGAGUCCUAUGAGGCCAUUUUCAAGCCGGUCAUUUCCAAAGUAAUGGAGAUGUUCCAGCCCAGUGCGGUCGUUUUACAGUGUGGCUCUGACUCCCUGUCUGGGGAUCGGUUAGGUUGCUUCAAUCUGACCAUCAAAGGGCAUGCCAAGUGUGUGGAAUUUGUGAAGAGCUUUAACCUGCCUAUGCUGAUGCUGGGAGGAGGUGGCUAUACCAUUCGUAAUGUUGCCCGGUGCUGGACUUACGAAACAGCCGUGGCCCUGGACACAGAGAUUCCUAAUGAGCUUCCAUACAACGACUACUUUGAAUACUUUGGACCAGAUUUCAAGCUUCACAUCAGUCCUUCCAAUAUGACUAACCAGAACACGAAUGAAUACCUGGAGAAAAUCAAACAGCGACUGUUUGAGAACCUGAGAAUGCUGCCCCACGCACCUGGGGUCCAAAUGCAGGCGAUCCCUGAGGAUGCCAUUCCAGAGGAGAGUGGUGAUGAGGACGAAGAAGACCCUGACAAGCGCAUCUCGAUCUGUUCCUCUGACAAACGAAUUGCCUGUGAGGAAGAGUUCUCGGACUCUGAUGAGGAGGGGGAAGGUGGUCGGAAGAACUCUUCCAACUUCAAAAAAGCCAAAAGAGUCAAAACAGAGGAUGAAAAAGAGAAAGACCCAGAAGAGAAGAAAGAAGUUACAGAAGAAGAGAAAACCAAGGACGACAAGCAAGAAGCCAAAGGGGUCAAAGAGGAGGUCAAGUUGGCCUGAGCAGAUCUCUACAGUUUUGGCUUCUUGCAGAGUCCCCCACCUUUCUCCUGCAACCCCUCAGAUUUUAUAUUUUCUAUUUCUGUGUAUUUAUAUAAAAAUAUAUUAAAUAUAAAUUUCCCCAGGGACCUGACAGGAACCAGGGCCCCUAGCCCAGGGCACAUGUGCUGGGUGAGCUCUUCUAAUAGCUGCCUUACCAUCUCUCCCCAAUUCUUAAUUUUGAACCAUAAAGGGUGCUGGUUCUGGAUGGAAGGGACUCUGUUCUCUUAAACAUCCAUAGGACAAAAUCCUGAAAUGCCAAAUUCCUGCUCAUUAGUUUUGGAAAGAUGCCCUUUAUUGAGCAUUCUAGAAGGGGUGGCUUGGUCUUCCGGGACUGCCUGUUCUUUACAGGCUCCUUAAGGUAACAUCAGCCAUCUUUAGAUUGGUUCUGUUCUCAUACCUUCCCCACUUGCCCCCAGUGAGCCAAGACACUCACACUGCCUGACCUUUGUUCCCCCUCCCUCCCCCAUUCUGCAGGUGGAGAU